CCCAUCAUAGUGGGGAUGACGUCACAGAUUGGGCAGAGCUGCUUGGAGAUACCUGGUCGGUGGUCUGUGACUCAAAAGAGGUAACAGGCUUAAGUAACCAAGCAACACAAAGCACUCAGUAACUGUUGUGAAAGUCAGGUCUAGUUGGCGUUAGAACUCCAUAGUUCAGCUGACAGAGUAAGUUCUCUGUCAAAAGUAACACAAAUAACACUCUCCAUAAAUUCGUAAUGCAACGAACUGUUUUCAAUUGAUCUGUGGAAUAAUACUGGUUUAUUUUGUGGAGUUAACAAUUAUGUUAUCGCAUAAUUCGAAUCACGAAAAAACACCUGUAUGUGAAAAUUUUCCUAGCAAUACAACCGAUGGCUUCAUCAAACCUUCUUUACCUUCGUUUAUUUCAAACAUUUUAGACCUGUUAACCGAUGAAGAACUUAAACGUCGUUUAGAAUCUGUCUUGUUAGACAGAGAAUCGGAACUAUUAGAAUCUCAGUCAGCCUGUAAAGAUGCACAGAAUGAGGCCGUAGAGUCACGGAAACAGUUAGUCAAACUUGAACUUGAAUUGGCAAAUAUUAAAAGCGCUGCAGAAAUGUUAAUGACUGAACAUGAGGAUGCCUUAUUAACCUUGAAAAGACAGUAUGAUGAAGAGUUGUCCUCGCUGCUGAUAGCUUCUGAACAGGGUUAUUUACAUCAGUUUAUAGAUGGUCAGUGUUCAAACGAUACAUCACAUUCAUCACCAACUGAAAAUGAGAAUUGUCCAACCUCCAAAUCAUCACUUCUUAUCACUGAAAAAAAGUCAGCUCAAAGUUUAGCUAAUCAGGCAUUGGAUAAAGUAGAGAAAUUAGUUCGGCGUGUUGGUCAUAAAGCACUAACAAAUAAUUUUAUUUUAAACAAAUCCACUGUUUCAUCUUUUUGGGCAAAUCAUGACAUUGCUUCAAACAAAGAGGAGGAUAAUGAUGAUGACUAUCUACGAGCAAUAAUUGAACCUUACGAAACAGAAAUUACACGUCUACAACAAAUUUUGAUCAAUGCUUCGAUUCCAUUCACUAAGACAACAUUACAUCCUAAUUCAGCAACAAGUUAUAAGUUAUCAGAGGAGAAAAUUGUCAAUAAAAUUUCUCAUAAUUCAAAUAUGAAGAUAGAAAUUUCUGGAAACAAUAUUGACAAUAACAAUAAUAAUAAUAUGGUUGAUCCUGCUAGUAAUCCGAGUAAUUCAAUUCAGAGAUCAUGUGACCAAAUGACAGAAAAGCAUUGUAUGCACAAAUCACCUGAUAAUUGUAAUGAUCAUAUCAAUUCGGAUGAUGACAGAAAUACUCAAUCGACUGUUGUCACACAACCAAUGUGUGAUCAUUCUACAUCUUUUGAAGGGCAAAUCUACCUAACCGAUACAAUGAAAAAUUUACAAAAACAGCUUUCCACCGUUAAAAAUGAAUUAGAUUUGAAAAGCCACGCUUUGAAAGUUGCUACAGAUCGUCAAUUAGAAUUGGAAAAUGCCCUUAAAACUCAAGUUGCUGAACAAACAUCUAAAAUAGAAAAAAUUAGUACAAUUUCUAAUCAGUUGGGUCAACGAUUAGAUAGUUUGCUGUUAAACUACCAAUCUUAUCGUGAAACAACUGAAAAAGAAAUAUCCACUUUAUUAGUUGAGCGUAAAACUGCUAGUACAAAUCUAGAAAUUCUUCGUUCACAUUAUGAUGCUCUGGUUGGUAGACGUUCACAAGCUGCUAUUGAAUUAAGUAGACAACCAAUUCAAUUACCAAAUGAGAAAGAUGAAUUAGAACAUUUGACGUUAAAAUUAUAUGAAGAAAACUUAUCAUUUCGUGAAGCACGUGAUCAUUUAGAAGAAUGUUUAAAGAAGGAAACUGAAACUCACAGAGAACAGCUAGCAAAUGAACAACAAGAGCGUAUUAAUUUUGAAUCGUCAAUUCUACAAGAAUUGGAAGAUGCACGUAGACGUCUAGCUGAUCUUGCCAAUAUUACAACUGAACGUGAUAAUGAAACUGUUCUAAGACAGAAAUGUGAAGAUGAAUUAAAAAUGUCCAAAUCUAAGUUGAAUGAAAUACAGGCUAAAUAUGAACUGACUGAAACUAAUUUAACUGAAGCUCAGAAAAGAAUUAUUGAUCUACAAGAUCAAGUUAUUCGAUUGCAAAAUGAUUUAGACAAUGUGGAAUCGGUCCAAGCUGAUUUUGUUCGUUUGUCACAAAAUUUACAAGUUCAACUGGAAAGAUUGAGACAACAAGAUCAAGAAGUAAGAUGGAUUAAUCCAGAUGACGUGACCAACUGUUUUUCGUGUAAUUCAGCAUUUCCAAUUGGACUUUCUAAUAGUAACAAUUCGAAAAAAAUCAAUUGUCGUCAUUGUGGUAAAGUUCAUUGUUCCAAUUGUACAAAGAAUACUAUGCCAGCUGGACCAUUUGGUCAUCCGGCUGUUGUAUGUGAUGUAUGCCAUACAUUGUUGAAUAAAAAUAUUGCUCCGUAUUUCAGCACAACAUCAUUAAAUAAUAAUAAUAAUAAUGGUAAUAAUAAUCAAAGGGAUCACUUCCCAUCUUCUAAACGUUUCAGUCUGUCAUCGCCUACACAAUCCUCAACUAAUCUAUCAACUAAACCUUCUUAAUAACACUUAUUCAUUAUUUAUCCUUUCAUAAUAUCAAAUUACUACUGUUUUGUUUCUACUCUUUCGUUUAAAUUUCUCUUCUAAUCUAACUGAUCUAUAAUAAAUUGUUUGAGCUGUCAUAAAUUAAUUGCAUAAUCUUUACCCUUUUUUUACUUAACUUCCUUCACAGUGUAUACACAAAUUAAUUAUUAUAUAUUAUUUUGCCUUUUUAUGUAUUUAUUACUGUUUUAAUGUUUACUUUAUACUUCUUUGAAUUAUUUCUUCAUGUAGACUUGUACGUGUGUAUGUGAAUCCCAUACGCUAAUGAGUUUGUGUUCAUGUGAUGACAGAAAUCGUCACAUAACCGUAUUUGUGCGUUUUUUUUUGUAUGAACUCAAUCAAGUUUGUAUAUUUAUGUUACUUUUGUUUUAUUCAUUUAAAUAUUGACUGUACCAUCUUAUUAUUAUUAUUAUUAUUACUUUCAUUAUUAUUAUUAUUAUUAUUAUACAUACAUGUCUUUCAAACUUAAUGUUUGUGUCCGUUUAUUUGGUUUUCUUCAUCAGCAAGAUGUGCUACUUUGUUUUCAUUUCAGUAGUAUAAAAUAUGUAUUCGUUUUGUUUUGAAAAAGCACACAUUAGUUUGCCUAUACGAGUAUUAGCAUGAAAUUUAUUAAUUAUUCUAUUCAUAUUAAACAUAAUAAGACACUAUUCCAUUCUUACUUAUUUAUCUAUUUUUUUCGAUAUGUUGAUUAUGUUAAACAUGAUCACGUAUCAAUCAUUUUUGACGAUUUAUAUGAUAGUGUGAACAAAACAACAAUGAUAAACAGUUCUUUAGAUUUGUAUGAAUUUAAUUCAUUUCUUACUUUUUAAAUCGCUAGCUGAGGAAAAAACAGACUUAACAAGGAGAUUUAAAUAGGCAAUAGUGAAACGUGUCCGUCGAGUGUAUAGGUG